AUGUCAGCUACUGGUGACGACCCCGCCACAGAAGAUACCCCAUCGACCGCAGAUAGAGCCCCCCAGAGAAAGAAGCUGUUAGGGGGUCUACGGGAUGUGGCCCUGAGCACGAGCCUCGUUACCAACGCCAUGGAACUGAAACACUCCGCGGUCAACGAAAUGACCACGGUUAAAGGCAGCGCGACGAAAGAUGAGAGCUCUAGGGAAGAAAAGCUUCAGUCUCUCCUGAAUCUUCUUGUGAGAUCUCGCAGGGAGGCUGUGUUGUACAACGACUUCGUGGACACGUUGGCCAUCGAGGACUCUGAUCUCCUUCUUGGUCCUUUUGCAGGGCAGGUGGAUGAAACUGCGGUCCCCCUCCGCAUGUUUGACUUGGACACGUUGAACAUGGUCGAUGCAAGUUAUUUUGGCGAAGAAGACCAGUACUGCAUGCUAUCACAUAGCUGGAAAGGUGCGGAAAAUGAUUAUGCAUACGUAUGCGAAGCUCAACUUGCCGAACGGAUCUCGAGAUCGGAUGAUCAUAACGAUGUGUCUGCAGUCCUCGACCUUUGCAAUCAUCGGAUCCUGAAAGUCGCCGGUAAGCUGGAGAGGAUUCUGCAGGAGCGGUCUGGUGUAGAACGAUCAAUUCGAAAGCUGCUUGUGGAGUCACUUAGGACAUCCAUGUUAGAAAGAGCUUUGACAGCGAAGAGGAAGAUGCGAACUAUGGAAGAUGCGAACAAAAGACAAUCAGAUCUCGAGCAGAACAACUAUCAAAGGUUGUUGGAUUUUCUGGGAGAGGAGAGAACGAUACUGAGUCUGGAGAAGCGCAGACUCGAUGCAGAGGAGCAACAAGCGAAGGCUCUGAAGGAAUGGUCUAGCGCCGAGCAAGACUAUGAAGCUGCAAAGUCUGAAAUAUUGAAAUUCCGAUCGGACCGCCAAAGUAUCAUAUGCGAUCGACGACUUAUUAAGGGUGCUGCAGCAAAGGAGAUCGGCGCCCGACCCUUUUCAAAGACAGGGAGAAGAUACAUCUGGUUGGACAACUGCUGUAUCGACAAGCGCCAGGAUGCUGAGCUAACCGAGUCCCUGGCACGCAUGGGAGAAUGGUAUGCAAAUGCUGAUUUCUGCCUGGUACAUCUAGAUACGCCGUGGGACAACCGAGAAUGGCUGGAUGAAUGGGAUUCAUGGUGUAACAGCCCGGCGGUUGGGGCCGAGAAAUAUAGAGGAGAAGACUCAGAAGACUCAGACGACGACAAUGUAGUGGUCAGUGCUAACGGAAAGGCAGAGCCUAGACGCAAGCCUGUGACACAGUUCGAGGAAAUAAAGGAGUGGAAGCCAACAUGGGCGACCCGGGGCUGGACACUGCAGGAACUGGUGCUCAGCAAGAUGACCUUUUAUGUCAAUGCGGAAUGGCAAAUGUUGUCGAGGCCGAUUGAUGUCCUGGGCACCUACUACCACUUCUGCCCGUUCGUUGACUAUUAUACCCGAAAUCUCAGUCAUGUACGGGAUCGAGAGCAUCUUGACAUCAAAGCAGAACUGAAUAAGACCGAGAUACGGGAGGCACUGGAUGAAAUAGCGACCUUGGAAAAUGGGGAGGUAAUGAAAUGGGAACACAGCAAGACCGCAACGCCAGGCGAGGGAAAAGAAAUGGUUGGUGUACAGAGCAUCAUCCGAGCACUGGAGCUUUUCAAAUAUGUUGCACCAAAGGAAUUGAACAAAGAGACUGCCAGAUCCCAGAUCGGCUACUCGGUUCAAGUCGCUGUUAGAGCAAUUGGCGAUCAAUCGAGUAGCUCAGACUCGAGCCGCCACCAAGUCGCUAGGGAGCUGGUCAUGAGAAGGCUCUCUGAUGAUGUGCCUCCUGGAAAGCGAGUGAAACAGACAAUUGAUCUUCUUCUGAGGGGCCUUGCAAAAUCAGCCAAUGAGUUUGUUAGGCAAGAUCGUCAAAUAAUCGCCAGUUUCAGCAACAUCCAAGACUUGAGCAGCUGGUCUAAUGGCACCGAAAGGAACAGGUUCUCUGCCCAUACUGUUAUGACGCUGGCAGCUCAUCGGGAGUGCACCAAAGCCAUCGACAAGGCAUACUCGUUAAUGGGCGUGCUUGGGGUGCAAUUCCCGGCGUUUCCAGCUGAGGGACUCACCAAGGCCCUCUCGCGGCUGCUGGAUGAGGUAGUCAUCACCUCUAAUGAUAUAUCCGUCUUCGACUGGACAGGCAAGUACAAUGGCAGUCCCUUGAGAGGACGGUCUCUCUAUGCGUCGAACGUUGACUCUUUCCAAGCCGAAAGCGAAGGAUAUGAAGCGCGUUCUGAUGUGAAUGGCGAGCUCGUUUGUCUCUUCCGGGACGAUCGCAUUAAACGCCUAAAAGUCGCCAAAGGCAUCACGAACCUGCUGCUUGAUGCCACCAAGUUCGUCACAGUCUUCCAACAAGCGGAGGCUACAGUCGAUGCGUUACUGAAACUGGUCGAAUUUAUCCGAACGGAAAGACUUGAGUCUUUAAGAAGCCGGUUGGGCUCAUCCGAGCUUGUUGAGAUAAUAGCAAGAGCCGGUAAAUAUUCCCAGCAGAAUGAGAAUGAAAGGUUGCAGAAGGAGCAGGAACGAAUGCAGAAAGAGGAGCGAAAGUCGCGGGGAAGAUUUACGACACCGCUACCAUCCCUUCACAAGGUGCCCUCCUGGAGGAGAGAUAGUGCAGCCAAAGAUAUGGAGAAGCGAAAAGAAGACAAAACACAUGAAGAUCGGCUGGCAGAACUAGGCAAGAAAAUCCAGAACACUGUUCCUAAAGCCUUGAGGGGAGAUGUGACAUGUGCAGAUGAAAACAAUGCAUUCCUAGCUGCGGGGCUUCACUUCACAGACCCAAGAAAUGACAACAUCAGGAGUGAGGCGCGUGACCGGCCAAUCAUUUGCCCCAACCCGAUUGUCGUUAAUAGUUCGGGAAUCAAAGGCGUAUUCGAUAUCCAACGUAUCGUGGUGAAGCUGUUGCAGGCAGAAGAGCUUCGCACGAGAGUCAAAAAUGCGAUCAGCGACAACGAGAAGAUCGAAGGGUGGUGCACUAUCAGCACAGGAUUUGCUCUCACGAUGGUAGCAUUUUGCUGUGAGCGACACAUCCUCAGCAAGCAACUGGAUCUGGUGGAUGUAGUCGACCAGAACGUCUUGGAAGAGCCAGACAGUCUUUGCAGAGGAGAGGAUGAUACUCUGCAGCAGCAUGUUGGCCCAGGGGAGGUUUCAAACAAACCACUGAGCACCAAAGUCUUGCCAUCUGGUGGAAACGGUGACUCACCAACCAAAAAGCCACUCGGACCUAAGCGAAGUCAAUCAAGUAUGCAUGAUUCAGACAGCUCUGAAAGCAUAGACCAGCCCAAACUCGACAAUUAUGGCCGUUCGGCGGAACAGAGGAAGGUAUCCCGCAUGAUUGACUUUGUCACCGAACCCCAUCUGCAUGCUAUAGCCGGUGAAUGGGUCCUGGCACGAUUCUCUGGUGCGGUAGGGGCGAAAUGGUUUCUUUGUCGACUUGAGUUGGGAUCGGGCAAUGAGUUUUAUGCCCGUCGGAUUGCCACAGAUGAGUUUGACUUCGCUAAUGCUGUUCCCGAAAAGGGCUUGGUUGAGUUCUGGCACAGUUUUCUGCACGAAAAGAAGUUAGCGAUGUGUGACAUGCUUGAACACUACCUGGAUGCGCAGAAGGCAGGGAAUUACGCAAGCUCUCUCCAUGACAACCUCCAGGAGAGUUUCGGGCUUAGGAAGAUGGUUGAAUCCAGCGACGAUGAGGACGAGACGGAAGCGCAAGAGCCAGGAGAGAACCCCAGAAAUUAUGGCCGCUUGACGCCAGCCAGCAAGUUCUUCAAGAUGAUCGGCUGGGGACUCCGGUAUACCUUUGAUGAAUUUUGGGCUAGGCAUUUGGAACGCCAUCUCGAGGGAAGGGCCCUGGCCAAGGUGCCGCUGACCCUCCAUGCAGCCAUCAAAGACUUGGAUGCAAACAAGAUUCUCUUGCCUGUGAUGUUCCACUCAGGGAAAGAUGUGCAUUUCUUUUAG